AUGUUUCUUCCAAUUGCAACUCUUUUGUUGAUCUUUACGGGGGCUGCUUUUGCAGCAGAUCCCUUCAAUCAAGUGGAGGAAUUUGUGGACUUUGAGGAUAUUGACGAAGUGGCCAAUACUGAAUCCGAAGGAGUUACUGAUGUUCCAAUCAUUACAGCCACGCCAAUUUCAAUCCCCACAAGUUCUACGAAGACUGGAUUAACCCGUGAAUAUACCGCAGACGGAUUAACAACAACGACUUCCACAACACUGGCCUCAAUAUCUACUCACUCUUCAACGACAGCUACAACAACAACUGAUUCCAGCACAUCUCAUUCAAAGACUAAUGAUUCCACCACAGAUGAAUCUACCACAACCGAUUUUGCGACCCUGUCUUCAACCACAGCUCAAGCUUCAACGAGAAUUUUAAAAACAACUGUUUCCACUACAUCUUCAACGACAACAACAUCCACAACUUCUCCAUCGACAAGUGACUCCACCACAAAUAAUUCUACAACUACUGAAACCACAACUGUUCCGACAACAUCAGCUUCAACAACAGAUUCCAGACUAACUUCUUUAUCAACAACUGAUUCUACCACAAGCGAUUCUACGACUAACGAAAUUACGACAUCGGGUUCCACCAAAAAGGAUGAAACUUCCACAACUACUUCAACCACAGCCGAUUCUAUCACCUCCUCACCAAACACAUCUGAUUUCACCACAACAGAAUCUAUAACCGAGUCUUCCACGACUACAAGGAGCACAUCAAUUGAGACCAGCACCUCGUCUUCACCAACAACAGUUUCCACAACAAUUGGUUCAACAACAAAUAACACAACAACUUCGGUAUCAACGGAAGAUUCGCCAACUACCACAACUGAAUCCACUACAACCACUGAACAACCAUCAGAAGAAGAAAUAAUUCUUGCACUCCUGGCUGAAAAUGCAGGAGCCCUAGAUCGGUUUAAUACUCAGCUUGAUGCUGUCAGCGCAAUUAACUGGAAAAUAGACGCUGAGCUGGACAACCAGGCAGAGUACCUUGAUGCAAUCGAAGUCACCGAGGAACUUCUCCGAAACCAGACACAGGAACUUCUGCUUUGGGAAGUGGAACUUCUUCGAGGCGUUGUCACCUCUUUUCAGAACUUAGACAUUUUUGCCAACCGAUCAAUCGAAGCCGUAUCAGAUUUAACUAGGCUCCAAGAGCAGAAUAAAGAUCGUGUAAGGAACCUCGUAGAUAAACUUAACGUUACCCAAGGACAAAUUCUGCGCAGAACAAAAGGAUUGGAUGACAGACUCAACUUUGUAAAUCAACUUCUCCUUGGAUAUAUCGAGCCAAAAGUAAAUAGCUUAGAGGAUUCGUUUGACAAUCUGAACAAAUCGCAAAUUAAUUCUCUAAUUGAACUAAAGAACGUUCCCGAGGUUAGAAAUCUAACGAAAACUUCCAUCAGAAAACUGUCAUUCUUAGAUAACCAAUUGGCUUUGUUCAACCAGACCCAGGAAAAUAGAUAUUACUCCGUAGAAGCUGUCAUCAAAGCCUGGACCCCCACUAAUCUCAAAGAGAUCAAUGAUCUAACUCACGCUUUAAGCAUUUCUCAAAAGCGCACCGACUUGGCAAUUGCCAUUAGCGGAUCUGCGGAGUAUAAUACUGAAACCUAUCCGACCCGUUUUAUAAGCUAUAAGGGCAUAGAAGAUAUCAACCAAAGUAGGAAAACUAGAACCCCACAGAUCUUAGGUGCUGAAGAUAACGCAUUGGAGUCAUCGUGGAAUGUUGUGGCACCAGCAUAA